AUGGAGAACAGCAACAGCAACGGAGGACAAAUGAAACCGUCCAUCAAGUCUGCGGACAUGAAAGAGGCAUUAGAGAGAUACGAAAUAGAAAAAGACAUAGCCGCGUACAUCAAGAAGGAGUUCGAUAAGAAGUACCAGCCGACUUGGCACUGCGUGGUCGGGAGAAACUUUGGGUCCUACGUGACGCACGAAACCGGACACUUUAUAUAUUUCUACAUCGGGCACAUUGCGAUUUUAUUGUUUAGGUCUGGAUAA